UUUGAGGCGGUCGUCGAUAGCUGUGCAUUGUUUCUCAUAAGAGUAAACAAAAAUCCUAAGCAAUAAAUAAAACAAUUGCAGAAGGAUGAAAUUUCGCUUUUGUGGCGAUGGCGAUUGUCCUGAUUGGGUUCUGGCCGAAAUCAUAUCGACGCUUUCGAAUCUGACCGUCGACAAUGUGGAGCAACUGGCGCAGCUGGUGGCCAAGCGCAUCUGCGGUGAGCCCUUCGAAGAAGCGGCAAUCCGAUCUCUAACGUCGUCUGCCUCAAAUGAUGGCAAAACUGCUGUGGCCUGUGUGCACUACAUGCUCACCAAUGCGGCGCGCUACAGUUGCACAGAGGCCAUCUUCAAUGAGGAAAUACAGCAGCUGGGUCUGCCCAAGGAUCAUGCAAAGGCCAUGUCUCGCGUGCUGCAAUCAAAUGCGAUGGCUAUACGGCAACAACUUAUAGAUAAGGCAUUUAGAAUUAACGAGCUGCAAAGCAUACGAAAUGUUACUUCACCUGGCGAAACACCUCCAAACUGUGCCACCUUGGAACUGAAAAUCUCGCAGGAGCUGGUCGACGGAUUGCCUAAGGAUACCACGCACAUUGUCAAUAUAGAGUGCGCACAAUUGGGUGCACUGCUCGACGAAAUGAAAUUGGCUCGUGAUAUUAUGCUUAAAUACGAGAGUAAAGAAAGCGGAUAGAAAUAAGUAGCAUGAGUAAAGUAAACUGGGAAUUACUUUAAAGUGUGUCGCAGUUGUCUAUUGCAACAGUCUGCACAAUUUCGCAUUAACCUCGCUGGUAAUUAUUUGUUGUGCAAAUCAUAUCUAGCAUUAGGACAAAAUUAU